CCGAUUAUUUCGACAUUUCGAAUGGUCCAGGCAGCUCACCCAUACCAUCUACAUCGUAUUGCUCCCAGGGGACUGAUAGAGCAAUCAUCUACACAUCAUGUCGACUUUUGGAGACCUUUUCCGCGUCCAUACUUAUGGUGAAAGUCAUUGCAAAUCGGUCGGAUGUAUCAUUGACGGAUGUCCACCUGGACUCAAGUUGACCGAGGAGGAUAUUCAAGUACAAUUGUCCAGGAGAAGACCAGGUCAGAGUGAUCUGACUACCGCGCGAUCCGAAUUCGACACUGUUCAUUUGCAAAGCGGUACAGAACACAACGUCACGCUCGGUACACCCAUCGGUCUUUUGGUGCAUAACAAAGAUCAAAGACCACACGAUUACGCCGAGACUGAUCUGUAUCCUCGACCGUCGCACGCUGAUUACACCUACCUUGCGAAGUACGGUAUCAAAGCGUCUUCAGGUGGAGGAAGAGCAUCUGCAAGAGAGACGAUUGGACGAGUGGCCGCUGGAGCCAUUGCUGAAAAAUAUCUCAAGGAAGCUGCCGGAGUGGAAAUUGUCGCUUUUGUCGCUAGCGUGGGCAAAGUGGAACUUCCAUUUGCCCAGGGAGAGGAUGAAGUUUUGGGAAAGGAAUUCGUAGAAUUGUUGAGAACCACAACGAGAGAACAGGUGGAUAAGGAGUUGACGAGAUGUCCUCAUCGCGAGACAAGUGACAAAAUUGCCGAUGCCAUCCGAUCAGCCAAAUCACGAGAAGACUCUUUGGGAGGGACGAUCAUCUGUGUGAUUCGAAACUGCCCUUUGGGUCUCGGUGAACCUGCCUUUGACAAACUCGAAGCUGUCCUGGCUCAUGCCAUGUUGAGUAUCCCUUCCACCAAAGCCUUUGAGAUCGGUUCAGGGUUCAGAGGUACACAAUUCCUCGGAAGUCAACAUAAUGACCCGUUUGUGGAUGGUGUAGAUGCACGGACGGGUCAAAAGAGAUUGAGGACGUCAACGAACUGGAGCGGAGGCUCACAAGGGGGCAUCUCGAAUGGAGAGGAUGUAUACUUCAGGGUCGGAUUCAAACCCCCAGCUACCAUUUCUCAACAACAGAACACUGCCAAAUACGAUGGAUCCACCGGUGUUCUCGAGACCAAAGGCCGACAUGAUCCAUGUGUCUUACCGAGAGCCAUCCCCAUCGUUGAGACGAUGGCUGCUUUGGUCAUCAUGGACAUGUUCCUCAAACAAAAUGCUCGAUCAUCCGCUGCUUCCUUGCUUGAACCUGUAGAUCACCUUCCUCCGUCCAUGAUCCUUCCUGGGAAAAACAAGGUCGUGGAGACUCAGUUGGUCGAGGACAAGGUUGUCCAGGAGUAGUCGUAUGUGCUAUGGGGUAAUCUUGCAAUUAUUAUAGAUGACGUUAGAAUGCGCAUGCCAUGCGUGCUUUUGAUGGACCGGUUCAGCUACUGAAAU